CUCAUCGAUGUUUCUCUGUCCGUCUGUCUACUCGCCUCUCUCUCUUCCGAUGAAGCUUCUGUCAUCUUAAUUUCAGCUUCACUGAAUUUUUCCGGCUUUAUCGCUGGGAAAUUCUGAAAGCAUUUCUCCGAAAACGACUGAUAGCUUAAUAAUUGAAGAUCUCACUUCGCUUGGGCAAUGCACCUUUUGAUCUCUGAAUUUGGCGUAUACUCGAGUCUUCCGCGAUUAGAAAAGGACUGAAGCUGCGGUGCGUAAAGUAUUGCUUUUACUGCUUAAGUGUGGACUUGGAGUAAAGUCAUGGCUCAGAGUAAUUGGGAGGCAGAUAAGAUGCUCGAUGUUUACAUUCACGACUACUUGUUGAAAAGAAAACUGCACAAUUCUGCAAAAGCUUUCAUGACCGAAGGGAAGGUAGCGACUGAUCCUGUAGCUAUUGAUGCACCUGGUGGGUUUCUUUUUGAGUGGUGGUCUGUAUUCUGGGAUAUCUUUAUAGCAAGGACAAAUGAGAAGCAUUCAGAGGCUGCUGCCUCUUACAUUGAGACACAACAAAUGAAAGCAAGGGAACACCAGCAGCAUAUUCAAAUGCAGCAAUUGCAACUCAUGCAGCAGCGUAAUGUCCAGUUACGCAGGGAUCCUAAUCACCCUCCACUGGGUAGUCCUAUUAAUGCCAUCAAUUCUGAAAGUAUGGCGGGGCAGCCAUCUGCCAGUGUCUUAGCUAUGAAAAUAUUUGAGGAAAGAGCUAAGAACCCCCAUUCAAUGGACUCAGAGUCAUCAUCAGCUCUAAUGGAUCCUAACAGGAUGGCCCUUCUGAAGUCAGCUGCCAAUCAAGGCCAGUUGGUUCAAGGUAAUUCUGGGAGCGUGUCGGCAGCUUUGCAGCAGAUGCAAGGAAGGCCUCAACUGGGAUCUGACAUCAAAGGAGAAGUGAACUUAGGUGCCAAUCAAAAAUCGUUACCGAUGGAUCCUUCAUCCAUUUAUGGCCAAGCAAUUCUUCAGUCCAAGUCUGGGCUUGGUGGUGCAGGCUUGAAUCAAGGUGUCACUAGCCUACCACUUAAGGGAUGGCCCCUCACUGGAAUUGACCAAAUAAGACAGGGCAUGGGAGGGAUACAAGUGCAAAAGCCUAAUCUACAGACCCAGAAUCAGUUUCUUAUGUCACCCCAACAACAUCAGGCCCUAGCACAAGCCCAAACACAAAACAGCCUUGGGAACUCUAAUUAUGGUUUUGGUGGGUUACCAAGGGGUAACUUUAAUCCAAAAGAUGGUCAACCUCCAAGGAAUGAUGGAUCUAUAUGCUCUCCUGUGCGAUCAAAUUCUCCCAAGAUGAAGAUGCCCCAAAUGCAGCAAUCUUCCUCUCAGCAACAGGACCAAUUGCAGCAGCAGCAGCAACAUUUGCAGCAGGCUAACAGAAAAAGGAAGCAACAUUCCUCAUCUGGACCUGCCAAUAGUACGGGCACUGGGAAUACUGUUGGCCCUUCUCCAAAUUCACCACCUUCAACACAUACGCCUGGUGACGCAAUGGCCACGGCUAGCAGCAUGCAACAUGUCAACAAUGUUUCAAACAGCUUGAGGAUGUAUGGUGUUGAUGGAACUGGUGGUAUUGCAUCAUCUACUAAUCAGCUGGAUGACUUGGAGAACUUUGGAGACAUUGGUUCCUUGGAAGAUAAUGUAGAGUCUUUUUUAUCAAAUGAUGGGGGAGAUGGAAAUAUGUAUGGUUCAUUAAAAUCUACUCUCACAGAGCACAAGCCAGAGCCUUCUAAAGGGUUUUCCUUUGGGGAAGUUGGCUGUAUUCGGACAAGAAAUAAAGUAACUUGCUGUCAUUUUUCUUCGGAUGGGAAGUUGCUUGCCAGUGCUGGGCAUGACAAGAAGGCUGUAAUUUGGAACAUGGACACUUUGCAAACAGAGAUGACUCCAGAAGAACAUCAACACUUAAUUACUGAUGUGCGGUUCCGGCCAAAUUCAACCCAGCUCGCAACAGCUUCAUUUGACAAGUCUGUGAGACUCUGGGAUGCAGCUAAUGCCGACUAUUGUUUGAAUGCCUAUACUUCACAUACUUCACAUGUUAUGUCCCUGGAUUUUCAUCCAAAAAAGAACGAUAUGUUCUGUUUCUGUGACAGCAAUAAUGAAGUUCGUUACUGGAAUAUUUCUCCAUUCUCAUGUACUAGGGUGUCUAAGCAAGGAGGAAGUGCUCAAGUAAGGUUUCAACCUAUAACUGGACAUCUUCUGGCAGCUGCAUCAGAUAAGACGGUAUCCAUCUUUGAUGUUGAGACAGACCGGCAGCUCCAUUCUUUCCAGGGACAUUCCGGAGUUGUUAACUACCUUUGCUGGGAUCUAAAUGGAGAACUGCUGGCAACAGUGAGUGAGGAGUGUGUCAAAGUUUGGUCGUUGGGAACUGGUGACACUAUUCAUGAGUUCACCGCCAAUGGAAACCAAUUUCAUUCUUGUGUUUUCCAUCCAAGUUACUCUGCCCUCUUAGUCAUCGGAGGAAAGGGGUCUCUGGAGUUGUGGAACAUGGUUGAGAACAAAAGCAUGACGGUUCCAGCGCACGAGAACAUAAUUGCAGCUCUGGCCCAAUCUCCUCUCACUGGAAUGGUUGCUUCUGCUAGCCAUGAUAGCUCGGUCAAGCUAUGGAAAUAAGUGCCGCCGCCAUCAUUUUGUCACAUGUUCAGAUGUUAACCUUUAGGGUGCCCUUUUUACUGGAGUACAAUAUUUGCUGCUAGUUUUUUUAGGCUCUAAGUUUAUAAAAUUGAUGAGAGAGUGAGUGUAUAUGGUAACAAAAGGAUACCAUGUCAUUGAAUAUCUGAGUCAUUUUAUGUCCUUUCGUGUAUAAGACUUGAAUUGAGUCAAUUGACAUAACUCAUUGUGAUGUACUUAUUAAUUGCUCCAGAGUUGAUGUCGUUGUGUUGUCUCGACUCUCGUACGUUUUGCAUUCAAAACAUAACUAGCUAGUACUCCCUCCAUCCUAUUAGAAGGUUCUCACUUUCCUCUUUU